GCAGUGUUAACGGUGCAGUGAAUUGAGUUUGUUGGAGUUUAUACGGACGCCUCCUUCAGCGGAUAUCGGGUGCCAAGUAUUGUGCACGUUGUUGUUUUUUUUUCUCAUCGACACGGUAUGAACCGCGUGUGUCCUUGACUUUUUAAUGUUUAGUGACAGUUUUUAGUGUAGGAAGAAUGUGAAGCAUAAUUAGUUUUGACCUUAAUUUAAAGCGGAUAAUAGGUAUCUACCGCUAUGAGAUUAAUAAAAGUGUAGCCUCAAGAGAAUAACAAUCAUACUGGCGGGGGCAGAUUUAGCACUAGAAAACGGGUGUGGCGAGGGGGGCGGGGGAGGCGAAAAGAGUUGUCUUACAACGUACAUAUUUAAUCCAGUGGACACCUGUACCGGAACGCCUAGUCCAGAAAAAACCCAUCUGAAAACACCAGAUUCUGGGCCGAAACUUAGUCCCGCCCAAGAUGUUGUUUCGUCGACAGACGUCGCCCAUAUGCAUCCGAAUUUUUUGUUCGGAAAAGUACUACCCGAUGGAAAACCAAAUUUUCUCACAGACUACGAGCUAAGCUUUAAAAAUUGUAAUUUUGAUGUUGGUGCAGAUCAUGCGAAGUGUUGCGUCGGGGGACAUUUUGGAAGAGAUCUGAGUUUCGGUCACUUGUACACCAUCAGCAAGAGUGAUCGAUUCGUGGAGGAACGCACUUACGAUGAACCGUACACUGGAGAUUUGCCAAGAAGAUCUUGGUUAUGUUGUCCAGGAUCACAACAACAUGUCGGCGAUGGUGAUCAGCCUCCUUUAUUAGAUACAGCAACUACAUCCUCGAAAACUCCAACUUCCCCCUUAGUGGAUGCUGUCACUAAACCUCCCAGUUACAGUAUGUGCUCCGGAACAUGUGAAAGACUGCAACGUCAAUUAGAUGAUCAAGCACAACGUUAUGAAGAACAAUUGACCGAGCUACAUUCUGUAAUAGCAGAAUUGACUAGAAAAUUACAUCAUCAGAGAUCGCUGGUUAUAGCUGAGGAGGAGGAAGUUUCAGAAUCGUGCACAAGCGCUCAUGAAGAAUCGGUAACUUGUCCGUUAGAAGUUAGUGAGUUGGAACCCGUAGAUAAUGAAUUGUCAGACGUUGAUAAUAAAAUACCAUUUCCCGAAAGUCCGCAAGCGUUACCCGAGCCAAAAUUAUCACUUUCCAAUCACGAAAACAACGAACUUUCUCCAUUCACAGAAAUAGUGGAACCUCUAAAGAAUGAAAUAACUAAUUUAAAACAGCAGUUACAUGAAGCACAUACCAGAUUAGCUCAAAUGUCUUUAGCAAGAAUUGAAGAAACGUCUAACGAUAAAAAUAUAGAAUCUCCCGAGUCACAUUUAGAAAUUGAUUGCGAACCAAAGAUGUAUCAGGAAGAUAAGGUGGAUAUAAAAUACAGCAACAUUGUACCUAUACAUAGGACAAACAUCAGGAAUAAUUGUUACUCCAGUGCUCCUGUACCAAAAGUGGCUGAAAGAAUCAAACUGAAAAGAGCUACGGAUCAGCGGGGCAUAAAUCCAAACGAUUUACUUAAUAGUGAUUUGUCAACAGCUGUUGCUGAACAUAUUGUUGGUGAUAUUUUGAAGCAAUGCGAUAUUCAGGCUGAGAAGCAAGGACUGGAUUUCGAAUUAAGAAAAAUGAACGCCAAAUUGGAGAAUGCGAGAUCGCAGAAUUCAGUACUGGCAUUAACGCUUUCAGAAACGAAAGCGCAUUGUGAUAGAUUGGCCUUACUAUGUGGUAAAUACGAAUCUAACGCUAUAGCUUUACAAUUGGCGUUGGGAAUAAGUGAUAGAAUCAUCGAAGCCUACGAUGUACUUUUGGCUCUACUAGAAACUGAGCUAACUUUGAAAGAAGACGAUUCAGAUACUUUACAAAAUAGAAGUGCCGCCGAAACGGUAGCCAAACAACUUCUUCAUCAUUUAGAUUCAUAUCAAAGUACAGAUGUUUUAUUAUCACCUUGGCAGAAUAAUGUUUAUAGUAGUCCUACAAUAGAUAGUAACGAAACUUGGACAUCCGAACAUGAAGUAAGACUUAGAGAACACGUUUCGAGACUGAAAGCGGAACGAAGCAAUAUUCAGGGAACAUAUGUGAUUUUGGAAUCGACGCAACUUGAAAAUUUACCUGUACGACCUUCCAGUAGCCAAGAAGCUAGAAAGAUGGAUUUAGAAAUGGCUGUGUUGAUGCAGGAACUUAUGGGUUUACGAGAAGAUAAGUCCGAAUUAAUAUCAAAACUUUUUGCUCUGGAAAGAGAAAAAUGUGCCAUUGAACUUAAACUUAGAUAUUCAGAAGGACAACAAAAGGCUCAAUCUGCAACAUUGAAAAAUCUCCAAGGGCAUUUAAAAGAUACCGAAGCCUUACUAGCAAUAGCCACCCAGCAUAAAGAACAAGGUUACUCCGAUGCGGAACAUGCACAAGGUGUAGAAUUGGAAUUGAUGCAAGCAUUAGCAAGAGAGGCAAGACUGAAAGUUAGAUUACAGGAGUUGGUUUCUACUUUGGAACAGGUUACAAAAAACGCUGAAGCAAGAUUGUUAGAAGGAAGAGAAAUAGUACAAGAUUUAAAUCAAACAAAUAGUAUAUUAGCUGAUACUGUAGACAGAAAUAACAAAAAAUAUCAAGCCAAACUAAAAAAAAUGGAACAACAAAUGUUUAUCUUAGUAGAAAAGCACAAUGCACAGGUUCACAAUUUGCAACAACGGAUAGCUACUUUAGAAACGCCUCCAACUAAUAGUUCGGAAAAUUCUAUAAAUUCAGUAGCAGUCUAAUUGUGGAGUCCUUAAAACGAUUCUUCAAGUUCUGUUGAUCUCCUUUCUAUUUUAUAAUUUGAACAAAAAGCAUUUAAUGCCGUGCUUAUGUACGAAAAUUAGUAUUCAAAAAAUGGUAUCCGUGUACGAUUGUUAAAGUGAAAUUAUGAAAAUACUAUUCCAAUUCACAUACUUGUUGACUAUUAUUUCAUUGAAUCAUAUUUGUCUAUUUUUCCAUCAUCCAAUACAUAAAUAAUACUAUGAAACAUAAUAAUUAAUGGUAAUUAUCUAUAUUAGGUUACACCCCUCCGAUUACGUAAAAUUUUAGUGUUAUAGGGCGCGAAAAGCAAAACUUCACAUAGUUUUUCAACUUUAAGGUUCCAGAAAAAGAAGAAUAUUUUAUACAUCAUAGUUUAUUGCUUUGCAUGUCUUCAUUACCUAAUGAUGACAUCAUGGGUACAUAUGCGGUAUGGGAUUUUUGAAGCUUUCUGUUGAAGCACUUCCAAAUUUUUGCCCGAAUAAACCUCAAAUAUUUUUUAAUUCUAUCCUAUCUAUCACCUUUUUUUGAAACGCCCUGUAUAUACUUGUUAAGCGUUAUUUUCUCUAUAACCUACUACAAUUCCAACGAAAUUUAAAUAAUUACCUAAUUAAUUAUAUAAUUGGAUAAUUAUAUAUUAUAUAAUUAAUCUUGUUUAUCAUAAAUCCCAUGUGUAAUAGAAUGAACCGCCCUAUGUCCUUACAGUUAUGGAAGAUGGAUUUACCUCUAACCUCCAUAGUUGAAGUACAAAACUUUUUCUUAUAAUAGAUAAAAUAUGUUCCCCUAAGUUCUUGAAUUUUUUAUACAUACUGUCUUCCAAAAAAUUUUUAUUAUAUGAGGGCCGUUUCUUUUUCAACCUCCGAUCGCUCCGUGCAGCUGCUACGCGGACAUGCGCUGUAGUAUGAUUCGUCGAGUUGACAGAAUGGUUAAACACAACCGCAUAUUCACCAUUACUGCCUUGCCUACGGAAUUUCCAGAAGUUUCAAGGUCUCUUUUGUACUCUACUUGAAUUCAUUGGCGGCAACUUUCUUUGAAGAGGGCAUUGAAAAGCUUGUCCACAGAAAUGACAUAUGUGUCAAUCUUUUGGUUUGUUUUAUAUGAACUUGUCUCUUAUUUAUAGUCUAUCGGAGGUUGAAAAAAAACGGUCUUUGUAUAUAUGUUACAGUUAAAAUCCGUUUUGAGGUUAUUCUAGUUUUGACAAGGAAAGAUUAGUUUUCACAAUCCCGUUAAAACAUGUUUUUACUAGUCAAAACUAGUUUUGACUAGUACCCUUGGAGUUAAAACUAUUUUUUUUACAUUUUUCAUCAGAAAAUACCAGCAUUAACUAUUUUUUUCUCAUUUAAUAGAAUUUUCUGUGGAAAUUAGCAUUUCAAUGGAGAAUUCUAGUAAUGGAAAACAGUGUUUUCAGUUGAAAAAUUUAUAGUUUCAAAAUUUUAUUCUAGUAGAACACUAAAAAGUUAGAAUUUUUGAAAUAAACCUCGGUGGUAUAUUAUUUUUUUUUGUACAAACCGCGAUUAGAAAAGAUUUUUUCCAGGAGCAUCUUACAAAACCUUGCCAUCCACCUAAAUUGAGGGACUCCAUGGUGGAAAUACCUCCGAACAUGCAGUGUAUUUAGACCUACAAAACAAUUAUAAUAAGGAAUAUACAAUUUUAUUUCAAUUGCCUACCCAAAAAAAUAUGUAGUUAACUCUGAAAAGGUUUGUGACUAGUGACUAGUUUUCCCUAGUCUAAAAUUAACUGGAUGCGGGUUUUAACUGAAACCAAUAUAUUAAAUAUAAUAAAAUAUACAGUACAAUAAAAAAGUUUUUAUUCAUUUCAUAUUCAUUACAAUUAUUAGUCAUCCAUAUUUGAAUAUUUGUUAUAAAAACUGAGCUUGUUAUUUUACUUUGUGCAAUUUUUUCUUCCAUAUAAAUUUAUUUGUAUAUCGCAGUAAAAUAAGUUUAUUUGGUUUAUAGAAAAAAAAUUGUUUGUGUAAUAUAUCAAAUUAUCAAAUAUUUUCAUGUGAUUUGGAAUAGUUAUUAACGUGUUAAGGUGUGUCUGCAUCGCUGUGAUUAACUUUACCCUUAUUUAGAAUGGCAAAGAUACAUAUUAUCAGGAAAAAUAUUUAUUUAUAAUGAGAUUUGCUAUAUUACGUACUAAUACUAUUUGUUUUGUUAAAAUUUGUUUUGUACAAUAAACUUUUUUAA